UGGCAAUGUCUCCUUGGGCCGGGCUCCUCUCCACCACUGCCAGAGUCAGCCUGCUGCUGCUGCUGGGGUCUGUGCUCUUCUCCUGCUCCAGCCUGGGCCACAGAGUGCCUGAGUUUGCCCUUACAAAAAUAGAAGAGAGCGACAUAAAAGAUGACAGUGGGAAGGAGCCGGGGACAGAGGAUGACGCUGAUCCUGAAGACCUGGAAGUGUUUUACCCCACAGAUCAGUGGCAAACCCUGCCUCCAGGUCAGGCGGUUCCUGCAGGGUCACACGUGCGGCUGAACCUGCAGACAGGAGAGAAAGAAGCCAAGCUCCCGGACAGAGAAAAUGGGGAAAGUGACAGGAGGGAAGAGAGAAGAAGGAAAAGGUAGACAUGCAAGGCAUUGG